AUGCGCUCGAGCAAGAGAGCAGCUGCAGUUGCUGCACUUAUCGCUGUUACGGAGCUACGAGAAGCAAGGGAAAACCGUAAAAGGAAAAGUUCUCCACACCAAAAAUCGAAGCGUAAGCCUUCUCACGGUCACUCAUCCCGUGCAUCGAAUACAUUGACAGCUACACAGGAUGUCAAACCAGGAAAAGCAGAUUCUUCGUCUGGAACGAAAUCUAAGAACGCUUCACCUGUUAAAGCCUCCAAAAAUCAUAAUGUUUCAUCAAAUAACUCAAGUUCCCACCAGAAGAAAGCUAAAACUGAACCGGAAACUCCUGAAAAGACUGUUCAAGUUCAAAAGACAGCCACUGUUGUUGAAACCCCACAAAAGCCCACUGUUGAAGACCACAGUCUCAAUGCUUUGAACUUAAGUUCAGCAUUCACUUCGCAAUUCCUUGCAUCGGCUCUGGCUAAGCUGGAUGCACCGAUGUCUAGCUCUAAACUCAUCCUUGAAAAUCAAGAGCAACUGCCCUCUUUGAAUGAUUCUGAAGCGAUUGAUGCCUUUUUCCGAAGGAAUCGCCGGAAAACAUAUAGGGACUUAAUACCGGAAUAUGAACAAUUAGUAGGCCAGAUUAAGAUAGAGCCAGUCACAGAUGAUUCAAGCUUUCUGAGUCUUAAUGGUCAGGUGCCUGAUGAUCAUCCUAUGAAGCAUUUUGUUGAUCAGUCAGACAAGGAAAUGUCAGUGAAGGAAGCGUUGGCGAGAGGCUUUCGGAAUUACAGAGUACGCUUGCCGAAGCCUCGACGAGCAGACGACAUGACUGGCCAGUGCCCGUCAAUUUCUGAUUUGUCUUCACUGUUCUCGAAUCAACCUCCGACAAAUUACGAAGACGCAUUAUGUUUCAACAUAACCGAAACAACCACGUUAAACGAUAUUUUGACAUCAGCUUGUCAGCGAAUGAAAGUUGAUGAAGAAAGUUCAUCAUCUAGUCCUAGCUUACCAAAUAUUUCUGAAACAUCCAACAUAUCCAAUAAUAAUAAUGAUGAUAGAAGUUCGGACGGCGAUGAAGUCAGCAACAUUUCUCUUGAAAACUAUCCUAUCGCCCCUUUUUGGAAGAAUAAAGUAGAUGUGUCGAAGGGUUACAAAGGCGGAUUCUACAUAAUGGGUAUCAAAUACAUUCCUAUUUCGAGUUUGAUUGAAAAAGGAGCUUUCAUAGUUCCAUUACAGAAGUCGAUUCGCUGUCUUGUAAAUGAAAGCAUAUGCGACAUUACUUUUCAUCAAAUGCUUUCCUUCAAUGGAAUUAAAAUCUCCAAUCCUAACCGAGUGGAUGAGUUGAGAGAAAUAUUCGCAUCCUCUCUAUUAGUUGUGCAUCAUGAUAUUGUUGAAGUUCUACUUAAAGCAUCAACAGCUCUAACUUCCUUCGGCGGUGGCCAAAAACAUCUUUCCUACGAAGCCAUUCGAUUGUCUAAAAAUGUUCCUCCUAUGGCAUGUUAUAAACCAAAUGUUUUCAUUUCUUAUUUGGGAACUUCAUUCGCUGGAAACGAGAUCGUAGACUUGACAAUUCCUUCACCUGAAGUUCAAAAAGCCCAUCACGUGGAAUCUGGUGAAAGAGAACUCUCCUCCAAGGAAAAACUUUACGUUCUUACUAACUCGGAUGCUGGUAUCUCUAGAGAACUCAUCUGUAUGAGAUACAACAUAAAGUCCUCAACGGUUGAUAGAGUUCUUGCCAAUCGAGAGGAGGUUCAACGAAUGGCAGCAUUGGUUCUUAUGGAAGACGCCAAAAAAGACGAAUCCAAUAAUUUCGAUCCAGCAUCUAUUGCCGAAGCAAUUGUUGAACAACAGAGAAUCAUGAAGGAUGGAAUUAAAAAGAAAAAUAGAGUUCGUAGAACUUCUUUUGUUGGCCUAAACAUUUUGAUGUGGAGAUUUUUCAAAGAUUGUGCCGACAAUGGUGUUCCCCUAAAUGGAAAAAUGCUUAAGGAGCAUGCUAUGAUCAUUGCCCGUCAGUUAGGUUUGGAUAAUUUCAAAGGCUCUGAAGGAUGGCUUGAUGCUUUUAAAAGAAGACACAAAAUUGACCUUAAACAAAUGACAGGAUCUCCAGCCAACUAUGAUGAGGAAAUUGAAGAUAGUCGUAUGGAUGCCGACGAAAUAGAUGAUCAAUUAGAGGAUCGCGAUCAUUUGACUGAUAUGGGUUUAGCUGGCAUGAAUGCCGACGUUUCUAGCGACGCUUUGAUUUCAGGAAUGACUGCAGCUUUAUUGAAUUGCGUAGAGAAAGCAGCUUUACCGAUGGCUGUAGCCUCAAUUUCCAACACUAAGCCACUUGAUUUGGCUAAUCUUUUCCGAUCUCAAUUAGAGACAAAUGUAGGCACGUCUCACAAUGGCAUUUUAAAUCACAAAUCAGACGAUCAAUCUGAAGAUUGCUCAUUAAACAAUGUCAAUAAUAAUCCCUUGCCCUUCAUGCAGCCACAACCUGCCGUAAGCGAAAAUGGAAUUAUAGCGGCAAUCAUCAAAAGUGUAGCUUUACCUAUCCCAGAUCAAGAGCUAUGUUCCGCAAUGAACACAAUUAGAAGCUUCAUUGUGUCUCACGAUCCCACAGCCAUGCCUCUGUUCUUAGAGCUUCAGGAAAAGUUAUCAGUGGCGGAAAAAAGCAAUCGCUAG